UCUCCUCUGCCAGCAGCCUGAUGACAUAUUCCAGAGCUGCGACGAAACCAAGAAGCUGUCUCAAACGAAGGAGCUUUCAUCCGAGCUUUCGCCUUGCUCCAACUCGUCAUAUAGCGAUAUAGAAGUUAUUGGGUGAAUAUUAAGGUUGAGGUGAUACAGGUUAGGAUCACAAUCCCACCACAGACAUGUUUGUACCAAGAUCUGUAUCCGUCAAGCAUGUCAAGAAGAAUACUAGAACUGUCCAACCUAAACCACAGUCCUGGCCCACCAAAGGCAUACAACAGACCAAUCCAACAACACACAACAAUACAGCAAAACCUUCCACAGCAAUAUCUACCUCUGUCCAACAAGACAGGCAAACAGAAUUAGGGAGUGACGAGCCUGGUAGUGCUAUUGAAAUAGACUCAUCUACGUCUCUGAAAGAGGAAUUUUCAAAUGAUGGAUGUGAACAAGGUAGCAGUGUAUCAAAAGAGGAGGAUGAAGAUGAACCCAUCGUGUCUUUCAGCAAGAACCAACGCUGGCCUGAGGAAGGGGAACCGGCCUGUGUCAUGUGUGGCAGGUAUGGGGAGUAUAUCUGUGACCAGACUGACAGUGACGUCUGUAGCUUAGAGUGCAAGGCCAAGCACCUCACACUCGUGCACCACCAAAAACAGUACCUGGACCCCGACCAAUCGUCAAGUCCAGAAGAAAGCAGAGCAACUGUACAAGUCAAUAGCCUUUCUGAGACACAGAAUUUGUACAAGGAACAUGUGACGUUAUCACAACUGAGUAAUGAACAAGUUGAAGAAGUCAGGAAACAACUUGGAAUCACUGUAAGAGGAACAGAUGUUCCUAAACCUAUCUUGGAGUUCUUCCACUGUGGGUUCAAUGAUACGGUCAGUGCAAACAUGUCUGUGGUGAAGUAUGACAUGCCCACAGCUGUGCAGAUGCAGGUGUUGCCUGCAGGGAUGAUGGGAAGGGACGUGAUGGCAGCGGCACCUACUGGAUCAGGAAAAACUGCUGCCUUCCUCCUGCCAGUAGUACUGAAUGUGUUCAGGACAGUGUCCAGUGCUAUAGGUGGGAGAGAUCCCAGGUGGACACACCCACUGGCCUUGAUCUUAGCUCCUACCAGGGAGCUGUGUAUGCAAGUAGAGGAUCAGGCAAAGCAACUCAUGAAAGGUCUGCCCCACAUGAGAACAGCCUUGCUGGUGGGAGGCCUGCCCCUCCCCCCGCAGGUGCACCGGCUGCAGCAGGGGGUACAGGUGCUGGUGGCCACACCUGGCAGGCUUCUGGACAUCUUACACAGGAAAGAUGUUUCCCUUGAGUGUGUUGAGGUGUUGGUUGUUGAUGAACUGGAUACCAUGUUACACCUGGGCUUCAGGGAGCAGGUGUUAGAGAUCAUUGACAGCCUUCCCUCUCAGAGACAGACCAUGAUGUUCUCAGCCACCAUCCCACAGCCUAUAGAGACCCUGGCCUCAUCCAUACUCAACAACCCUGUCUAUGUACUUGUUGGGCAGGCAAGCACACCCAGUCCUUCAGUGAAGCAGACAAUACUGUGGGUGGAGGAAAACUCAAAGAAGAGGAUGUUGUUCACCAUCCUACAGGACCCCAAACACUACCAGCCUCCUGUACUAGUGUUUGUGGAUUCACGCAUGGGAGCAGACUUGCUUGCGGAUGCCAUACAUACGAAAUGUAAUGUACGAGCCCUCUCCAUGCACGGUGACAAGCCCCAGUCUGAGCGGUCAGCAGCUCUAAAUUCUCUGCUGAAAGGAGAAGUGGACGUGGUGGUGGCCACUGGUGUCCUGGGGAGGGGGCUGGACCUUUGCAGGGUCCGACUGGUCAUUGUUUUUGACAUGCCACCCUCUGUCAAUGAGUACAUUCAUCAGAUUGGGCGAGCUGGCAGGCUAGGUUCCAGUGGAAGGGCCAUGGCCUUCAUCAACAACAACAAUAAAGGCCUAUUUCUGGACCUGUUUGACACUCUGCACCCCCUACACAUGCAGAUGCCCUCACAACUGGUCAAUUCUCCCCACCUGCAGCAGCAGAGGGAACGUAGGAAAAGGACACAAAGGGCUAGGGAAAAUGUAGAGACGUCAUCACGGACUGAACAACACGGAGAGAAGUGGGCACAACAGAAACACAGCAAUGCUGCUUACAUGCAACGGCAGAGGGCCAAAAGGGGAAGAGAGCAAGAAGGUUCAAAAGCCAAGCAUCAUAAGAAGUAUUAAGGGGUCAUGACCAUAUACAUGUUGUGUCUGGACAUUUCGAGGUAUUGUUAUAGAGAUUAACAGUUACCACACACUGAGGUGCCCAUGUGUCUGAAAUUUGUUACUACUUACACACUCAGACACAUUUCAAUCCAUAAUGAUCUUUAAAGCCACAAGUACAUUUGUUGUGUAAAAUAAAGAUUUAUAGUUACUUUGUUCCACUUCUUGUACACAUACAUUCCAAUGGCAUGUCCAAACCAAUUUUUCUAUUGAAUAAAUGUGUCAGUUACAACAUUACAGGUUUUCACCACCUGAAAAUGUUACAUGUCAUUUUUUUGUCAAUGGAAAGGAAUUAAACACGUUCUAGAUAUU